AACACACGCACACACACACACACACGCACAUACACACAUCUUGCCCAGCUAGCUGUAACCGGCUAGCGAGUCUGUUGUCGAGUUGACACCCUCCCCAAACCUCGGCAGCAGCUAAGCUGCACAGUCGACAUGGCAAGAAAAUAUCGCAACAAUUUCCUAAAGAAAGAUGAAAAUCUUCCAAGUCUUUUGGAAUGAUAAUCAUCACGAGAUGUGAUCCAAAAUCCACAAUGUGUGAGGACAUUUAAGAACAAUUGAGUUCGGAAGACAAAUUCUUGAUUCCAGUGGAAUCUUCCAUAUAUAUUAUUAUUAUUAUUAUUAUUAUUAUUAGAUUUUUUUCUCUGUGUUAAAGCUUACAUACAUUUACACACACUCGUCCGACCAACAUAUAACCAUGCCUGUGCAAGCACCACAAUGGACGGAGUUCCUGCUGUGCCCCAUCUGCACACAGACAUUUGAGGAGACUGUUCGCCGGCCCAUCAGCUUGGGCUGCGGACACACUGUCUGCAAGAUGUGCCUGAACAAGUUGCACCGUAAGGCCUGUCCCUUUGACCAGACAGCCAUCAGUACAGACAUCGAGCAGCUACCUGUCAACACUGCCCUGUUGCAGCUGGUGGGAGGCCAGGUUCCUAAGGUUCAGCCAGUUGCCUUGAUUACCAGUCCAGAGGACUCGCAGCAUUAUGAGGAGGCCAGGCAGUGUGUGGAGGAGCUGGCCCUCUACCUCAAACCUCUCAGCAACACCCGAGGUGUUGGCCUGAGCAGUACGGCCCAGAGCAUGCUGAGUCGACCCAUGCAGAGGAAACUGGUAACUCUGGUCCACUGCCAGCUGGUUGAGGAGGAGGGCCGUGUUAGAGCCAUGAGAGCUGCCCGCUCUCUAGGUGAGCGAACUGUCACCGAGCUCAUCUUGCAGCACCAGAAUCCAAACCAACUCUCCUCCAAUCUGUGGGCCGCUGUGCGUGCACGAGGAUGUCAAUUUCUAGGCCCAGCCAUGCAGGAGGAAGCUCUAAAGUUGGUCCUCCUUGCUCUAGAGGACGGCUCUGCACUGUCCAGGAAGGUGUUGGUUCUCUUUGUAGUUCAGAGGCUUGAGCCACGCUUCCCGCAGGCCUCUAAGACAAGCAUUGGCCAUGUGGUUCAGCUCCUCUACAGGGCCUCCUGCUUCAAGGUGACCAAACGCGAUGAAGAUUCAUCCCUGAUGCAGCUGAAAGAGGAAUUCCGUACUUAUGAGGCUCUGCGGCGCGAGCAUGACUCUCAGAUAGUUCAGAUAGCCAUGGAGGGUGGACUGCGCAUCGCACCUGACCAGUGGUCUUCUCUGUUAUAUGGAGAUCAAUCUCACAAGUCACACAUGCAGUCUAUCAUAGAUAAGCUGCAGACCCCGGCGUCUUUUGCUCAGAGUGUCCAGGAGCUGACAAUUGCAUUGCAGAGAACCGGAGACCCAGCCAACCUAAACAGGCUGCGGCCACACCUGGAACUACUGGCCAACAUUGAUCCCAGUCCUGAUGCUCCUCCUCCGACAUGGGAGCAGCUUGAGAAAGGGUUGGUAGCAGUGAAAACAGUGGUGCAUGGUCUGGUGGACUUCAUCCAGAACCACAGCAAGAAAGGAGCUGACCCUCAACAGCCUCCUCAGCACAGCAAGUACAAGACAUACAUGUGUCGUGACAUGAAGCAGAAGGGAGGCUGUCCUCGUGGAGCCAGCUGCACCUUUGCUCAUUCUCAGGAAGAACUGGAGAAGUAUCGGAAAAUGAAUAAGCGUUUGGCAGCUCGCCUCCCUGGUUCAGGAGGGCUCAUGCCAGAUGAGGGUCUUCCUCUUGACGUCGCAGUGACCCGGAAGCCUUCACCUCUCACCAACGGUAGUGGUGGACCUUCCUUGCCCCAGCUAAUUGCCCGUGGCACUGACACAGUCCCAUAUGAACUGUUGCGUAAACCCAUGACGAGGGAUGGAGGGAGUCCCAGUGCCCCAGGAUCACCACCUGAUGGCCUGGACCCUGUGCUUUCCAAAACUGGUAUGCCUCUGCCACCUCAUGCCAUGGACCACCGAAGGAUGCCAGUGGACCACCUCUCUGGGGUGAAGCACAUGCCCGUGGUAGCCAGAGGUUCACCAGUCUACCCCCAGGCACCGCUCCCUGAGAUUUGCUACGACGCUCGCCCGCCACCUUCUGCUUCUCAGUAUGAGCCCCCUCAAUACCCCACAGGGUACCCUUACCAACAGCCACCACAGUAUGUCCCUCGGGACUACAUGCGUAACCCUCCUCCCCCAAGUGAGUCAGGACCCCCUUACCAGGAUCCCUAUCCCGGCUAUGGCCCUCCAGAGCGCACCUACCAGGCCCCUCACUCUGGUCCACCUUUCUCUUACCCUCACCCUCCGCACCAUGACCGAGGUCGCCACGGGACCUACAAUGGCCCGCCACCUCCCCCACAGCCUUACCCAUCACAGAGGGACGGCCUGGUCAGAAUGAGUCCCGAUAUGCCCCCGCCAUCAGCAGGACCGGCUAACUCCCUUUACCACGAGCCCAGUUCCCGUGAUAGAUACCCUCCAGAUGGCUACUAUACACCGGGUGCCCAGCCUCCACCCAUGAGGACUUAUGUCAGGGGGCCAUCAUAUAGUGGUUCACAGCCCAGCCUUGACUACCUGCACCGACGCCGGCAGGAGCUGUUAUCACAGCUGGAGGAAAGGAAGGUCAUAUCCCCUCCACCAUUCGCAGCCUCCCCCACUCUUGCCCAUCCCUUCCCCAGCGACUACCCUCCAGAGUAUGGUGAUGAGAGCUCCAAAAUGAAAUGCAGAGAGCCUGACUAUGCUGGGCAGUACUCUCCCUGGUCUUGUGAAACGAUUGGCUCCUACAUUGGUACAAAGGAUGCCAAACCCAAAGACGUUAUGGUUCCUGGUGCCAUGGACAUGAUGAAUGCGGAGGCUAAGGGUAUGAGGGAACCAUCACUGGAGGCUCCUCGGAGGGGUGCCGAAGUAAAAGACGAUGACCCUAUCAUCCCUUUUGGCCCCCAGCCCACUGUAUCCCGCUUCGGUGCCAUCUCCCGCACCUCAAAGACGGGCUACCAGACCACAGGCCCUGUGCAGGCUAUGGCCUCUGCUCCCCAGAACCCAAGCUCUAAACAUAUGGCCAUGGCAGCAGAAUACACAUAUGGAAGCCAUGGAGGAUGGGGUGGAGCUUCAUACCCCUCACACCAGACUGCCUCCUCCUCUCAGGGACACUUCAGUGAGCGUUUGCCUAUGGCGGCUCCAGACAGAGAACAGUUAAAGAUUGAGCUGCAGCAGGUCAACCAGCAGAUCAACCAACAGACCCAGAUGCGAAGCAUGGAGGCUGCCAGUAACUCUUUACUGCUGCAGAGGGAGGCCAUUGCAUUGGCCGGCCAGUCUGGGCAGCCCAGUCAGGGCCAGGCAGCAGGAGCUCAGCAGCAGCCCAAGUGGCCAGCAGUGGGAGCAAGUACAACAGCUGUCUCCAGUGAACAGCUAAGCCUGGAGCUCCACCAGGUGGAGAGAGAGAUUGGCAAGAGGACCCGUGAGAUGGCUUUGGAAAACCAAGUAAACCACGAUGUUCAGCAGUAUAAGAUGAAACCUGCAGAGAAUGGACAACCAGAGCAUAAGACUCAGCUAGAAGAAAUCUCCCUGGCUCUUGGUGAGGUGUCAAACGGCUCCAACAGUCUGCAAGAAAGUGCAGUGGGCGGGUCCAUGCUGUCACUGACCAAUAAGACGUCUGCUUUGGGCUUGUGCUCUGAUCCAGGUGCCACUGGCUCAGAAAUGCAGAAGAAUGGCGUCGUCCAUUCCUGCUCAUAGGCAGUACACACACACACACACACACACACACACACACACACACACACACACACACACACACACACACACACACACACACACACUCAAGAUGCUCAAUUGAAAAGCAUGCACAGGCACCCAUUCUAUUUAGAAGAUGAGCAGUAUCUGCCGUGAUAUGAAUUUUCUUUCUUUUUGUUCUGUGAAUGAGCUUUUUUUAAUGACUUUCCUUGCCUGGAAACCAGAGCAUAUGAUAACAUUUCUUGUGUGUGUUAAUUUGUUUUCUUCUUUUUUUUUUGUACUGGGAUUUAAGAUAAACAAGGCUCACCAUAGAUAUAUCAGGGCGAGGAAAUGGUGGUGAUGUUGACAGUGGUAUUGUAAUUUCAUUCAAAAAGGAUAGACCUAUUUCAUUCUUAAUUAACAUAAAACAUUUGAUUGAUCCUCCCGAAAUCAGAUUUUUGGUAUUGGCUGUACGAGCAUACAUACGGAUGGAUACAGAGGAGCAGAUUAACAAGCCCUAUAACACGCACUCUGAGGAACUUCUCUUGCUAUCUAACGAUCUAUGACGGUAUUGUAGGAAACGGCAGAACUCGGUCACUCGGCACUCAACCCCAGAAUCGUAAAAAAAAAAAAAAAGUGUUUGCUCAGAUGUAGAUGCUCUGAGGAGGGAAAAUCAGUACAAUAUUCCACCAGUAUUCGGCUGAAAUGGAGAUGCAAGGUGUUUCAGAAAUCACUUUUGCAGCACAUGCACGUCUUCACCUGCCACAAGAAGUAUAAUUUUAUUAAUGCGUUUCAUACUUGAAAGCAGUAUAUUAUAUAUUUAAUUGAAGCAUUCUGUUUUAAAGAUUGCAACAAGUCUUUUUGAUAAUGAGCUUUCCACAUGUUUUCUAUAAGGGAAUCUACUACGUGCUUCUCUUGGUUGUGGUGUGACCGGAUGUGGUUUGGUCGUUAUGACUGUCGCCUGUGCUCCGUAGGGCUGCAUUCAAUCCUAGCUAAUUAUGUUGUGACAUUUUUCACAGCAUGCCCAAAAAUAUUUUUUUUUGGGGAUGAAUGCACAUGUUUAGGCUGAGAGAGUACAUCUUUCUGCCUCAGGAGUCAGUUAAAUGAGUGUCUUUAUAAAUUGGUAAAUAAGGAAUUCCCUCCUCAGAGCGUCUGGUCUAGCCACACAAAAGGCCUCCCCAUUGGGAUUAUCUUGUCAUUUGUUCUCCUAACUUCUAUGAAGUUGCCUUCCCAUGUGUUUUUUUUUUUUUGUUCAAUUUGUUUUAUUUUUUCAUGCUUUACGUUGUUACGAUUUAGGGUGUGUGGCUUACCUAGUGAAGGCUUUAAAGAGGUUAGCUUAAUGUGUGUCCUCCUCUCUGUUAUGAAAUGGUUGAAUUCCAAGCAAAACCUAAAUUUACCGUUUGUAUUUAUAGAAAAGUAACGGUUGUAGCGUUUUAAGCUACACAGUACGUUUGAAAUCAUGUUUACAGUUGAAGAUAUUGGUGACGGUUACUGAGGGGUAAACAAACCAACUCUCAAAGAUGGCUGUCUGCAAAAAGCAGAAUUAAUAAGUUAUUUUAAAUCACAUUGAGUAUAUUGAAGCAUUUUUAUUGGUGAGUAUUACAAUACCAUAUUUUUCUUUUCAUACCUUAAUGUCAUCAUCACCACCAUAACCACUAUUGCUCUUUAUCCAUCAUGUAAAUUGUUUACUGAAUAUGCUCAACAUGGAGCUCUUUGCCUUUUGUAAACAAUUAGCAUGAGUGGCUAAAGUUUUACAGCUCUGCUGAGAUAAAGUGAGCCCUUGUUUUUGAACGGUUGAUGGAUAGAGGAGACGCUCUGGGUCAAGUUGUUUAAGUUUAACGGUGACCCUUCGUUUUGGUGAGACGAGGGGUACCGAGGAACUUACAGUUUGACAAAUCCCUGAUAACUGAUGAGUCAAAUAAAUAAAGACACAAAUGUUUUGUGUCUCUCAUCUGGGUUUUUUUUUUUUUAUAGGCAUCUCUUCCAAUAUGUCAGCGCCAUGAUAGUAGAUGUUUGGGUUUUUCUUUUUUAAAUUUUCCUACCACACUUCAAGCCUCUGGCUGCUCCUUGCUACAUUUAUUGUUUAGGUACACAGCUCACUUAUACAUAUGAGUAUGUAUACAUACAUUAAUAUACUAAAGCACUAUUAAUGUGCCACCUCUUAUUUUACUCGCUCAGCAUUUAUAUUAAAUGAUCUCUAUUUAGAAUCAGCAAAAUGUUUUUGUUUCUUUUUGUUGUUUGAUUUGUUUUCUGUCCACUGGUUGCCAACACAGACUUUAUCCUUUCCCAGACGAAGGACUUCUGUGCGCAUUGAUGUGUGUUCACUUAAUCUUUUGUGUUCAAACAAAGAUGUUCUUUAUAGACUAUGCUUCCGAAGAAGACAAAAUUCUGUAACUUUGGAAAAUUUAUGGAGAAGUUUUGUGUGUGCUAGAUUGUAUUGUAGAAAAUGUACCCUAAGUUUUUUUUCCCCUGAAAGUGUGCUGUACUGGGUGAUAGUUUUGAGGUAUUAGAAAAGUGUUGGGUUUUUUUUCCCCACAUCUGUCCCCAAUAGGAUAUUCAGGAAGUCUCUGAUGAUAGGUUGGCCUUAAAUCCUCUUGCAAUGCCCCUUUACCUUGUCUGCUUUAGGAGCAUGAGGUGAUUAAAAAAAAAAAAAAAAAAUACUAAUUAUUGGACUGAUUUAGAGUCAUACAGAUGGACUCUAGUAGAUUCCCCCCCGCCCCCCUCACUUUUUGAAAAUUUCAUGUAGAACAGCAACAUGCAAAUAAUGCCAAUUGCUCAAGAUUUGAAGCAAAAUGUAUUAUUUUUUUAAGGAAAUGUUGUUGACCUAGCUCGGUUUGUAGUCCUUUUCUCUUUCUCUUGUUUUUUUGUUGUUCCUGGAAUAGUUGAGUGAAUUCACUGACCUGCAAGUCUUACAGUCUUUAAUGCAUCAUCUUUCCUGAUGUGUAGUCAGCAGCUAAGAGUGACAUUCACACAAUAGUUUUGUUCUCCUUAGACGCAUAUUUGCAAGAAAUUGGCCCACCAGCUUAAUUUUGCUGUUAUAAUGCCAUGAAUUGGCAACAGAUGGUGUUAAUUCAAUAUGAUGUUUCUCACCCUCUCUUAAGUACAAGUCAACCAAAACUAAUACAAUGCUGAUUCUACCUAAUACGUCCCUUCAGGUCUGAAUGAGCCUAAAUCACCUUUAGCUUAGUAGAACCAACAUACAAUGACUAAUUGGGGUUGUUUACUAUAUAGUAAAAAGCAAAGAUGUUCAUUUCAAUCUCCUGAGGGUUUUUGUAUUUGAGUGGAACUGCUGCCUCUACCCCUCAUUUACAUUACCAGUUAACCCCUCCACUCCCACCCUUGACCACUGAACUCUGUUACUGCUGUUUGAGGCUCACAUUUUAUUCCCUGACUUUCUGGGGAAAUUCGCAAAUGGCUAUUUUAUAUGAUUACUCCCUUGUAAAAUAUCUCUUAAAUUAAGGUACAGGUUUGAUUUCAGCAAGAAAAAAGUUUUUAUAUGUAUAUUAUACUCCAUUAAGGAAUGUCUAGAAAUAUCUUCCUCCAAUGUGGAUGUAGCCAUUAUUACGCCAUUUUAUGACUUUGUAAGAGAAUUCACUGUGUGAAAAUUGGUUUGCAUUUUUGUAUAAUACAAUCUGCUUUUUUUUUCGUUUGAUACGAGAGGGAGGUCAAACUGGAAGUUUGAAGAGAGAAAAAAAUGAACCUGUGAAAUUGAGAAAACAAAGUGUAACUUAUGUACAACAGUGAUUCUAAGCUGAGGGGAAAUGAUUAAAUGAUAUUGCUAACUCUGAAUGUUUGUGUCAUUGAUUUU